AUGGUGGCUGAAUGGGCAUGGCUGAAAGGCUCUGCAGCGUACCAGUGCGGCCGAGGGGAGAUGCAGAGGAGUACCACCACAGCAGCAGAGCUGGGCAACCACUUCCUUUCCAAAACUCCACACCUCAGCAAGAUUUUGGCAAUGCCAGUGGUUUGUAGCCCUGCAGUGUUUGCCAAGCAUCCAGGACAUGGCCUCCUGUCGUGGGACAGACUGAUUCACCUUCCUGACAGAAACCAGAACUGGAACGUAGAGGCCAUAGCGGAAAAGCAUUGGUGUAGGAGAGGAGAUUCAAACCAUUGUGAUAUCCAGAGGAGUGGGCAGCAGCUCCCGCAGUGCCGACAUGCUUCGACUCCGACCAGCACCACUUUACCGCCAGGCCCUAGGAAAGCAGACUCUCAAGUCAUGUCAAGUGCCCAGGAAUGCCAAAAAGAAGAAAAAAAGUGUAAAGGAUACAUCCCCAGUUACUUAGACAAGGAUGAGCUGUGUGUAGUCUGUGGGGACAAAGCCACCGGAUACCAUUAUCGCUGCAUCACUUGCGAAGGUUGCAAGGGUUUUUUCAGAAGAACCAUUCAGAAAAACCUCCAUCCAACCUAUUCCUGUAAAUAUGAAGGAAAAUGUGUGAUAGACAAAGUAACCAGGAAUCAGUGCCAGGAAUGUCGCUUCAAAAAAUGUAUCUUUGUUGGCAUGGCAACAGAUUUGGUGCUGGAUGACAGCAAGAGGUUGGCAAAGAGAAAGCUGAUAGAGGAAAACCGAGAGAAGCGACGUCGGGAGGAGCUGCAGAAAACCAUUGGGCACAAGCCGGAGCCGACGGACGAGGAGUGGGAGCUGAUCAAAAUCGUCACUGAAGCACACGUGGCCACCAAUGCACAGGGAAGCCACUGGAAACAGAAGAGGAAAUUUCUGCCAGAAGAUAUUGGGCAGGCACCAAUAGUGAAUGCCCCAGAAGGUGGGAAAGUUGACUUAGAAGCCUUCAGCCAGUUUACAAAGAUCAUCACACCAGCGAUUACAAGAGUGGUGGACUUUGCCAAAAAGCUGCCUAUGUUUUGUGAGCUGCCAUGUGAAGACCAGAUCAUCCUCCUGAAGGGCUGCUGCAUGGAGAUAAUGUCCCUGCGAGCGGCAGUUCGCUACGAUCCCGAGAGCGAGACGCUGACCCUGAACGGGGAGAUGGCGGUGACGAGGGGCCAGCUGAAGAACGGGGGGCUCGGCGUGGUGUCCGACGCCAUCUUUGACCUGGGCAUGUCUCUGUCUUCAUUUAACCUGGAUGACACCGAGGUUGCCCUUCUUCAGGCUGUUCUGCUCAUGUCAUCGGAUCGCCCGGGCCUCGUCUGCAUCGAGAGGAUAGAGAAGUGCCAGGAGGGUUUCCUGCUGGCCUUUGAACACUACAUUAAUUACAGAAAGCACCACGUUGCACACUUUUGGCCAAAACUGCUGAUGAAAGUGACAGACCUGCGAAUGAUCGGAGCCUGCCACGCCAGCCGCUUCCUGCACAUGAAGGUGGAGUGCCCCACAGAACUCUUCCCUCCGUUGUUCCUGGAAGUGUUUGAAGAUUAGAGAGACUUGGAGCAGUUCUCCACCCCCCUGUGGCACUGCUGGCUGUCGUUUCAUCCCAUUGCCCAGCUCUUCUCACCUCUGCUCUUCUUUCGUGCUCGCUGUUUCCCGAGUCAGGGCUGGGGUUUCGUUUGGGUGUUCGUUGGGGUUGCUGGGGGCAGCUCUAUACACACGGAUGAAAACAUCCCUCUAAUGCUGCAGGUACUUGUGGUCGUUGCCAGUGUGUCACUCAGUUCUUCAGUGUGAAUGCUUUGACAGCUUAGCAGUGAAAAUACAAACAGCCCAGGGUCAUUCACCAGCACUUGCAUGGUCACCAGCUCACACACAUUGUUGCUUGAAAAAUAAUGGGAGAGAAAUUGAAAGUGGCAGAGAAUAAAUUUGCCUCCAAGUGAAAACAGCUAUUGUUAAUUUGAUCCUGGCAAGCCUUGUUUGGCAUUACCUCAUUUUGCAGGGCUCAAGUCACCAGUUAAUGAGAAGAAAUUCCUAUUCUUCAUAGAAUCAGAGAAUUGUCAGGGUUGGAAGGGACCUCAAGGAUCAUCUAGUUCCAACCCCCCUGCCAUGGGCAGGGACAUCUGAUUGUUUCUAUUGUAACUGUCACCAUUAUGGUCUAGGAUCUUCAUCAUCAUCACCAUCAUGAUCCCAUCACUUUCUGAGGACGGCUCCAGCAGCUGCAGUUUAACUGUGCCCCAUAAAUCAAGUACUUAAUGCAGAGUGUUAGAAGGGACUGACUCCUUUCUUUUCCAUGUGUAUAAAAGAGUAAGAUCCCUCGGUUCUUACUACCUUUGAACUCCAGGUAACUUCACUGUGGAGUGAGGAGGGGAAUUUGGCCCUCUGAGGUGCUUUUGCUGAGAGUGGAGAUGUCUGCUUUUUCUGAGGUGCAUGGAGAAUGUGUCUCUCCGAGAGAAGGCUGUCUGCCAGGAUAGCAUCCAGGGAUGUGAAUGCUCACAGAGUGAGGACAAGGAGAACAACACAUACUGGGUGACCUUCAGAUGGGACAGAAACCAGCUGUGUCAUUACCAACACUCAUGACUGUACAGCUUUAUCCCAGUCAUACAAGUAGUAUUGCUUGGCAGUCAUAUUUUGGGGGUUUAUAUACAUAUAUAUAUAUAAAGUUUAUAUUCACAUCUAUAUAUAAUUUUAUAUAUAUAUAAUUACAAAUCUUCAUCAGAUGUCUUCAAUAUAGUUCUAUACUUUUGUCUUCUGUCCUUCUCUCACCCUCUCCUGCAGAGGUGUUGAUGCCUGUUGAUCAGCUGGGCUGUCCCUGCUUGCUGUCAGUCUGUGUUUCAUUUAGCUAGGCUCUCCUUGCAUUUCCUCCCGCUGCCUGCCUGAGCAGGAGCCCAGCUGAGCAGCGGCAGGAUGCCCUGCUGCCGGAGUCUGCAAGCACUCUCGCUCCUGGGGUGUGCAGAGGCCGCUGAUGAGGGCAUUGUAGGUAGAGGGAUGUCGCUCCUGGGCUUUAUAAACUUGGUAUGAAACCAUUCUCUGCACUGGUGUGACUCUGUGACACAUCCAAACAUUCUUCUGUUCUUCCUGGGAAGCAGAGACUUGGCUCACAUCUUUUGCACGUCCUCUCGCCCUACCUUCCUUCGUGUUGUGCAUUGGUACUGGUUUCUUUCUCUGCUAUGUAUUGAUGCCUUUGCCUGCAAGUCAGUGGGCAUUGUUGGGGUGAAUGUGUUGACCUUCAAAGCUCAUGGCCCAUAUCUAAACCUGUAUGCUGUGUGUUUGUCCCCUUACAAAAGCACAAUACUCAGGAAAUCCUAUCUCUUAGGUGGAACACAGUAUGUGUGUGCCAGGGGUUACAUUUUUUGCACCCCUCUUUCCCUACGUAAUUGAUAAGCAUUGGAGUGCUCUUGGCUAUGUUUUCAGGGAUAUGAAGUCUUGUUCUGUGAUACCAUAUGCACCUGUGAUGAUUUAGGAGCGCUGAUGUUAUCACUUGGGAGUUUCUACCCACGCCUUUGUGAGAACAUUCAACCACAAAGGGAUAUUCAGGGGUGAUUUGCAGGCAGCAAGGAAGACAGACCAUUGGGAAUUUGGUUUGAAGUGUUUGCUGAAGUUGAAGGACAUCUGUGGGAGCCUGUGUUUGCUCCGUCUCGAAGCACAAGUGCUGACAUCAGUCUCUGUCCAAAUGACUUGUAGUGUCUUGGGAAAGUUAGAAACUUUCUGUCUAAAACAGGACAAGGUGAUGAACUCACAUGUAGAAUCUCAGAUGAGCAGCAUCCAUAGCCCAUGAAGAAUGCUGGGUACCUGAUGCCUUGCUUGCAUCUACACCCAGAACUACUUGCAAAGGAAAGAGGAAUAAAUGUGUGUGUCUUUUGGAGCUUUGUUCUGACAUGAAUCUGAGUAUGGAAUCCUGAAGUCAGUGCAAGUAUCUCACCUCUUAGCUAAACGUAAGCUUGAGUUAAGGUACAAGGCUUUGAUUGUGCUGCACAGAUGAGACCCUGGAGGGAAAAUACUACGCUUCUCCUAGUUUUAUUCACAGUGAUCUUGCUACAAGGUCCAUGAUGUUUCAUGUAGUUUUCAGAUCUUCAGUUCCUGGAGUUGUGCUGAUGCUUGAGAGGUUCAAUCUAUCAUUGGGUCAGCAAUUCCUAUCCUUUGAGCUGUAAUCAAUAGCCUCAAUGUUCAUUCUUUAGGUGGGAAGAUGCUACCCAGCAGCGACCUAGCUCAUAACUCUUAGGGCCCUGAGAACUGGCUGUUUGAAUGCUUGAGAUUGCCAGGACUGCACUAAGGGAAUUUGGGAGAGAUUAGAAAAAAUGUGAGAGUUGCUGGAUUGACCUGGGGAAGCAGCAGGAGAUGGAAGACCUUGAAAUGACCCAGAGAGGCCUGCAUUUUGAGGCAGUACUGAAACUGAGCACUUUGCACACUGGCUGUUGUGAAAAUUCGUACAGGAACUUGUCCUCCGAGGUCUAGCGUGGCAAGCUGCAAAGGUUUCAAGCAGCCUGCAUAAAAGGGUGUCUGAAUUCAGGCACAUGAGCUGCAUCGAGGCAUCCAGGCCAAUGGCCUGACUUCCCAAGGUUCUGAUGUAGGUUGAAGUUGUGCUUAAUCAGGGUUCAGAGAAUCAGUCCUCCUCCCUUAAGUGACUGCAGGAGGGCCAAAGUGCCUAAAGUUAGGCGAGCAGCUUAGAGAGAUCUGGCAGCACUGAGCAGACAGGACAUACACCAGCACGCUGCUGGCUGCUGAGGUGAAGUCCCAGCCUGGUACUGAUUAUCAGAGUGAGAGCUAUUACUGGUACUCCUUAGCUGAACAAUGAGACCAAGCUCUCAGACGGGUUUGAUGUACUGACAUCUAAUGACCUCUGAUCUCCAAACAGUCUUACUGUGUGUGACUCCCUCAGCACAGCUCCUGAUUCAUGGGAGCAUGAGAGCAAAACUAGAUCAGGUGAGGAUGCUCUCGCAGACUCUUGCCAGCAGAUGCUGACAUUAAUCCUGCUAAGACUUGUUCUUACACCUGGAUUGUCUCAAGCCAUUGGAGGGUUGAGCCACUGGAUUUACCUUCUGAGCAGCAGACACCAGUAGUGCAGUCAGCUCCCUGUGUAGUAACUGUCUGAGAGAAAUAACAAAUGCACACUUCCCAGUGCAGCCCAGAGUCUCAUUCCUGAUGGUGCCACAUGACUCCUGUUUGCUUUGUGACCUACCUGUGGGUCUGACACAGAAGAUCCUUUCUGUCCAACCUGGUGGUUGCCGUUCAUGGUUUUGCC